ACCGUAUUGUAACGCACAACGUCGCAAAUCGUGGUCAAGAGCAGUAGGCUCGUUUUUUUGUCACAUUAAGAGUUGUAAGAUUUUGACGCGAAAAUCGAAGUAUCUGAGGACGACAUUCGUCAACGAAUGAUCGAUUCAUUGAUUUCUUUAAUUUACACAACGUUUAUACCGGCACUCGUGCAGCAAAAUGCGUAGAUCAAAUGAUCAUGACAACUGGAGAAGUCGAAAUGGAUCCUCUGAAGAAAAAUGUAAUGGUGAUACAGAGGGUGGUUUUCAACGGCACUUUCACAGCAGAUUGAAAGGCACAAAACCAACCCCUCAGUAUGAAGUAUACAAUAGAAGUUCUAAUCAUGGGUACCACAAUAGAAGUGCAUAUAAUAUACAAGAAACCAAUAGCUUCACACGUUCUAGAUAUCACCGACAACACUCCUCGUACAAACCUAGUGGCAAUAUUUUUACUUGGGAUACCAGAAUUGGAGCCACAUGUAAUGCAGAAUACUUUAAUUUUACGCACCUGGAACAAUUAGACAAAAUGACUAGUGAUCGAGUCGUAGCUACGUUAAUGAAACAAAGAACAGAAUUUGAACAAUUCUUGAAUAGUACAUUUACACCAGACGCCUUAGUAAUGACUGUGCGGGUCCUCAAAAAUCUUUGCAAAGGUAACUUCACAGAGAAUAUGAGCGGCAUACUAAGUCGUGCCUGUUCUGAAACGUUUCUAAAAAGCUUAGAGACGUAUUUGAUGUCAUUGCCUUUCGAAAGUGAAUCGGCUGCUAAGAAAAGUAACAACAUUUAUUCGGAAGAUAGAAAUGGGUUCUGGAAGAAUUUAAUCGAAAUAUUCCAAACAAUGGUUGAUCUUUUGCCUAGUAAAGCUAGAGACGAACUUCCGGGGAUUCUAGACAAAAUGAAUAUUAUUAUCACAAGCAUUGAAAACAAUCAAGAUUAUGUAAUUGAUAAAAAUGUCAAGACCGCUGCAUUAUAUAUGUCCAAUAAGUUGCAAAGCCAAUUACAAAUUUUCGAAAUGAAGAGCGCAAUUCAUGCUAAAAGGCCUGAAGAAUUGGAGGAAAGUCCACCUGAAGACUUCAGGUCCUUGAGCAUUAUACCAACGAAAAAGGAUUUGCUUGAUAGUCAUCCUUUCAUUAGGAUUAAUAAAGUCAAAGAAGCUUACAAUUCAGUAGAACAUUAUCUUGACGUGCAGUUUCGUUUACUGCGUGAAGAUUUUAUAGGCCCUCUUCGUGAUGGCAUUGACGAAUACUUGAAUGACUUCAACCAACGUCGGAACAAGAACCUACGCAUUUACAAGAAAGUCAGAUUCGUAAUUCCCAAUAGCGAUGAUUUUGGUGUUAUUCGUGAUGGAGUUGAAAUAUUUUUUGGAAUCAAGAAUAACAUCAAUUGGAGAGAUUCCAAAAGGCUUAUAUUCGGUGGGCUGUUAUGCCUGAGCAACGAUAAUUUCAAUACCAUUUUGUUCGCAACUAUUUCCCACCGAGAUGAGAAAUAUCUUGAAAAAGGUAUACUUACAAUCAAGCCAUGCGGUGGAACAAAGAUUACUUCGGAAUUUUACGACAGUGAUUUUGUCAUGUUGGAACCAAAAUUGUACUUUGAGCCAUACUUUGUAGUACUAAAUGCUAUGCUGCAUAUGAAUGAGAGGAAUUUUCCAAUGAGAAAUUAUCUAGUAGACGCUGAUACUUCGACUUUCCGACCUCAUUACAUUAACUCGACUUACUUGAAAUACGGAAAAACUAUAUUCAGUUACAAGGGAAUCGAACUACCUGUAGCAUCAAACCGAACAUGGCCAUCAGCUCAGGAAUUAAAUCUAGAUGAAAUGCAAUACAAAGCAUUCAAAAGUGCACUCACUCAAGAACUUGUACUUAUCCAAGGACCGCCAGGAACAGGCAAGACUUUUCUCGCUUUGCAAAUAAUCCGCACGAUUUUGGAGAAUCGUGAAUACUGGCUGAAACAUGGGCCAGUCAUGGUUGUAUGCUUAACAAAUCAUGCUCUGGAUCAAAUUCUUGAUGGUAUAUUAAAGUACACGGACUCUAUCAUCCGUGUUGGUAGCAGAUCAAGUAAUCCAAGAUUGGAGCAAUGCUCAAUCAAGAACAAACGUAGCAACAGUUUUAUUUUCAGCGAUUCAGCAAGAAAUGCGCAGUCAAAUAUGCAUUUUGCAAAACGCGAAUUGCAAUACAAUAUACAGGAAAUUAAAGAAACCUGCAAUGUGAUUGAGAAUUUAACACAAGAGAAUAGUAUUGUGUCGGUAUACGAACUGCGGAAAUAUUGUAGAGAAUCAGCAUUAUAUGAACUUGAUAAUCAGGACCUCUUGAAACGGCUGUUCGGAUUCAGCACUGAAUUCAUUGCAGAAUAUAUCACUGUCGAGCAAUUACGUGAGCAUAGCGCUACCUUACGAAAUAAAAAUUCUAGAUGGAAAUCUAAUCUAGUCGAGCCCGUAACUAGGAAGAAUUCGACGUAUUCAACACAUGAAUUAGACAUGCCUUGGCAAAUUCAAUUAUUUUGCAAGUGGUUCUUUUCACUUGAUCCCUGUGAAUUUGUACUUCCUCUGGAAUGUAUAGAUGAACUAAUACAUGAGAAUUAUGCACAAAUGCAUCUAUGCACAAAUGAAAUGAGUAUUCUGCCGUUUAAUCCGACUACUGAAUUGGAGUAUGAUAUUACUGAACUACGUAAACUACGAUCAAAAUUACAGCAACAAUUGGCUCGACAUCCAUUAUUAAAUACAGAAAAAAACCGACGUCCUCAACAUCGUCAUAAUUGGGAAGAAUAUUGGCGAUGGAUAACAAUCAGUUAUGAAAACGCAAUGUCCACUUUAGCUGAACUUAAAAAAAGGUCUGGAUACCUACUUCAGGAAUUGAAAAACGCUAAAGAGUAUUUUGAUUUAGAAAUACUACAGGAACAUGAAGUCAUCGGAAUUACUACGACGGCUGCGGCAAGACUACACACUUCCAUACGUGCUCUUCAUGCACCAAUAGUACUGGUAGAAGAAGCAGCUGAAAUUCUUGAAGCUCAUGUAGUUUGCUCUCUAACUGAAAGUUGCCAACACCUCAUCCUGGUUGGGGAUCAUAAGCAACUGCGACCAAAAGCAGCUGUUCACAAGUUAGGAACUAAAUAUAAUUUGAACAUAUCGUUGUUCGAAAGAAUGAUCAAUAUACACGGAGAUUAUACGCAAUUGACAAAUCAACAUCGAAUGCGACCGGAAAUUGCUGCAUUGAUAUGCCCAUCUAUAUAUGACACGCUUUACAAUCAUGAAUCCGUUUGCGCAUACCCUCCAAUUGAAGGUGUGAGUAAAAAUUUAUUUUUCCUGCAUCAUGAGCACAAGGAAGUUAGCUCUGAUCACAAUGAUGACACUUGGACAAAUCCGCACGAAGCCAACUUUCUGGUAGCAUUUGCCAGACAUCUGAUAUUACAAGGAUAUGAUGUAUCAGAAAUUACGAUAGUCUGCACCUAUGCUGGUCAAUUAUUCGUAUUGAUAAAGGAGAGAGAGCGUUAUUCAAUCCUCAGAAAUUUACGCAUAACAACGAUCGAUAACUACCAGGGUGAAGAAAAUAAAAUAAUUCUCUUAUCAUUAGUGCGAAACAAUGAAGAAGGAAAUGUCGGUUUUCUCAGUGAAGAAAACAGAGUUUGCGUAGCACUGUCGCGUGCUCGAGCGGGUCUUUACAUUAUGGGAAAUAUGCAUAAUCUCACAACAAAUAAUCAUAUUUGGCCCAAAAUUAAAAAUGUUUUGGAAAAUGACAAUGCGAUUGGUGAUUGUCUCGAAUUACAAUGUCAAAUUCACCCUGAUGAAUUAUUAAGCGUACAGAGUUCAAUGGAUUUUCAAAAAUCUCCGGAAGGAGGCUGCUUGAGAAAAUGUGAUACAAAAUUGUCUUGUGGACAUACCUGUUUGAGCGUAUGUCAUGUUUUGGACCGUAAGCAUGUUGCAGAACAUAAGUGCCAUCAACCUUGUCGUAAAGCUUGCCCAAAAGGUCAUCCUUGUCCAUUUACAUGUUCUCAAACUUGUAAAGACUGCCUCGUAUUCGAAGAUCGAGAACUGAAAUGUGGCCACACUGUGCCUGUCCCAUGUUGGGUAGAUUCAGGAUCAUUUUUAUGUCCUGUCAUGGUCAACGGGACUUUACCUGACUGUAAUCACACAGUUGUAAAGCCGUGUCAUAAAUCUGUCAAAGAUUACCCAUGCUCAUAUCCCUGUGAUGUUCGAGUUCCAUGUGGCCACUCUUGUGAAUUGAACUGCCACGUAAAUGAUGACCCUGAUCACUUGACGUACAUGUGUCAGAAGGAAUGUACGAAAACUAAUCUCAACUGUACCAUGAAUCAUGUGUGCAAAAAGCAAUGUAGCGAAGAUUGCACCUUAUGUGACAUCAAAAUGAAGAAAGAACGCUCAUGCGGACAUUACUUUGAUUGCUUAUGCAGUGAAGAUGUUGAAGGAAUUGUGUGUAAUAAGCCAUGCAAGCGUGACAUGGAUUGCGGUCACAAGUGUCAAUUGAAAUGCAGUGAAAUUUGUGGAAAAUGUCAAGUAAUCGUUGAAAAAACAAGCACAUGUGGACAUAACAUAAAAUUAAAAUGCUGCGAAGAGGCAACAUCUUCAAAAUGUAGUAAUGAGUGCAAGCUUAAACUAGCCUGUGGACAUCCUUGCAAAGCUAAGUGUAAAGACCCAUGCACUACUGCGUGUAAACUCAUGGUGCGUAGAAGUGAACUCGGAUUGUGUGGACACAAUUUUUCAGUGCCUUGUUAUUUGCAAGGAACAAGAAAUCUGCUGGAAUUAUUGAAAUACUGUAAAGAACCGUGUAUGACGGAACUGGCUUGUGGACACAUCUGCAAAGGUAAUUGUGGAUACUGUAAACAAGGACGCAUACACACACCUUGCGGCGAAAUCUGUGGCAACAUUCUCGUUUGUGGGCAUAAAUGCGAAGUUCCUUGCAGACAAGAGUGUCCACCUUGUAAGAAAGUUUGUGAAGUUAAGUGCCGCCACAAUAGAUGCAAUAAAAAAUGUGGCGAACCAUGCACACCAUGCAAGGAAAAAUGUGGUUGGGGAUGUCCUCACUCCAAAUGCACCAAAAGCUGCUCCGAAUUGUGUGAUAGGGAGCCGUGCAAUGAAGAGUGCCCAAAGCUAUUAAAAUGUGGCCAUCCCUGUGUUGGUUUUUGCGGGGAGCCAUGCCCACCAUUAUGCCGAAUUUGUAAUAAAGAAGAACUUAUAGAAGAAUUUUUCCUUGGCAAUGAAGAUGAACCAAAUGCAAGAUUCAUAUUAUUGGAAGAUUGUGGACAUUGCAUAGAAAGUGAAGGGCUUUUGAAAUGGGUAUCAGAACGCAGUGACCCAAUUCAGAUGAAAACCUGCCCACGCUGCAAAACGUUUAUCAGUAAAUGUAUGCGAAUAAUGAAUCAAAUUAAAACUGAUGUGGCAGAUGUACAAGCAAUCAAGAAAAAAAUAUUUGGAGAUCAAACAUGUUUGCUGAACCAGCAACAGCUUUUCCUCAAAGAAAUUAAACGCAUGCAAGAAAAUCGAAUUUCACAGAGUUUCCCGGAUCUGAACAAUUUUUUGAAAAUUUUGCACACCAAAGUGUUUCCUACGACAAAGAAAAAGCGCCGGCAGGUUUUGGAUGUCCGAGCAACGGAAGCUACCAAGAUCACACUGAACAUCUUACAGCAUGUAAUCGAAAAACUGGAAAAUAUAGAUCCCACCAUUACGAUCUAUCCAUGGUUAAACGAUCAGGUUGUGAUGUUGGUACAAUCACUCUCAAUUAGGGGACAGAUUUCCAAUCAGGAAAUCAAUGACAUCGAAAAAGAACUUCAGAGAUUACAUUAUAUGGCUGAAAUUUGUAAGAUGAAUCUUCAGAUCGUCUUCCAGCAUAAUGACACCGUGGAACAUGAAAUAGAUUUCAUAAAUUUAGUAGAGAAACUGACAAGUGUUCAUAAAUUUACUGAAGAAAGAGAAUUGGAUAUUAAAAACCAGAUACAUCUGCUCGCACCAUUAUUAGAUAUGAAAAAAGUCAUCCUGAUGGAUAACGAGCGUAAGAUGAUUGUUAAAGCAAUGGGCUACAAACAAGGCCAUUGGUUCAAGUGUCCGAAUGGACAUAUUUACACUAUAGGAGAUUGUGGAGGUGCCAUGGAAGAAAGCAAUUGUAACGAGUGUGGAGCUGCUAUUGGCGGCGGAUCACAUCGUUUAAGAAGCGAUAACUCAUUGGCUACAGAUAUGGACGGAGCUACACGUCCUGCUUGGCCUCUAUGAUAAACUCACGCCUUGUCUGAAUAACACAAAUAAACUUACAUUAAUGAGUACCACUUAUUGACUAAUGCUUUAUAAUAGUUUGUAUUAAUCGGUUUAUUUUACUUUUUGACAAUUAUCAGUUUGACAGGAAUUAGAGAUUCGAAACUAAAUGAUUGUGAAAUUCGAUUGUUCAUAUUUCUCAGAAUAACUUUUCUAAUUAAUUUAUCAAAAUGUGGAAAUUCUGCGAACAAAUCUAAUGAUAUCAAUGGACCUUGAAUCCUCUGAACAUCACCAAUAAUGUGAACAUUUGGUUGGAACUCUUAUUGCUGGACAUAAUCCGUGUGUAGUUUUAAGUGUUUAGUAAUAAAAACUUGAAGUAAACCACCACUGUAUUGCUCGUACUAGGCUGCACAACUAAAAUGGAUAUUUUCAACAUUUGUUAUAAAAAUUCAUACUCGAAGUUGUUUGGGACUCAGUUACACAUUCAGUAAUGUACAGAUUUGAAUUGAAGAUCUGUUGAAUAUUUAAUGCACUCAAAAUGAUAGAAACACAUCUUUUAUCGAACAACUACUGAUUUACUCGAGUCGAUCACUUGACAUAAAAAAAAAGGAAAUUUCUUAAGUAAAAUUAUAAGGGUAAAGCAGGAUAAUUUGCGGCCGAAUGAAGGACAACAGUAAUUCGAGUUACUUAUUUGCGUGUAUUUAAUACUUCGCGACCAGUACGAUUUCGUAUUUCAUAUGGUUUCUAGCCCUUAAAAACACAUAAUUUUUUGUCACGCUAAGUAUGACUGACUAUGAAAUAAAAUAAUUCUAUGUUUGUCAAAUACACCAGAACUUGGUUCUUGGUCGUUUAAUUCAUUUCUCUGAAAUACGUCCCUGCUGGUUCUAUUAAAUCCGAAAUUUCGUGAACGUAGGUUCUUGAAGUAAGUUGGAUUUUUUGGGGCUAUUAUUAUUGUUCCAAUUGACACUUACAUGUUUUCUCAUAUGUCCGUGAUACACGAAUAUCUUACACUUGAAAUGCUUUAUUCAUAUAUGUGUAUUUGCAAUACUUGUAUCUUUACAGCAUCAAAUCCCUUCAAAAGUGAAUUGUAAUCGUGAAAUACGAAGUCCCGUAGCUAGUGCAAAUUUACAGCGGCUAAAA